AGUGCAUUUUCUUUUAGCAGCAUUUCUGAUCUGUACUUUUAAACCAACGAAUCCGCUUGAGUUUCCGCAUCCAUCGCCUGGAGGAUGUCCCAAAGUUCGGCACGCUACGACCUCACUGCAGGGCAGGAUGUGGAACAUUUUCAACUGGGUAGAGAACCAGCCACUUAUGGUUGAUAUAUGCAUGCGCUACGAUUAUCCUACGGAGUUACUUCCGGGAAAUGUUCAAACCGUACUCUCCACCGACAACAAGACCUAUGUGGUGCAGUACAACUGUUACGAUUACGGCAAAGAACAUAUAGUAUCUGUGAAUACAUACACCCUGAAAAAAAACCCGGGCCCAAAAGUUUUGAAAGCCAUUUCGGAAGCACAUUCCCACAAUGGUUUCCACAAAAAAUGGCUCGAUAGCUGUAAGCACGGAAAAUUGCCGGCAGACAACAUGCAUUAUGCGUGAAUACAAUAAAAUAAAAUCAAACUACACAAUUAUAGAGUACAGCCUGUGUAUUUAACAUAAAUUGGUUUUCUUGAAGGCUGGCAAGGCCUAGACAACAAAUAUAAAGUCACGAUACAAAAGGUA